GCGGGCGGGAAGGCUGAGUGGCAGCUCUCGGAGGGAGCAGGAGGCGGUGGUCAAGAUGGCGUCGGAGGGUGAUUUGGGCAGGAAGUGGGACCGGUGCUUGGCUGACUCCGCCGUCAAGCUGGGUGCUGGCUUUGGGUUGGGUGUCGUCUUCUCGGUCAUCUUCUUCAAAAGGAAGACGUGGCCCAUCACUCUCGGGUCAGGAAUGGGCUUAGGAAUGGCUUAUUCAAACUGCCAGCAUGACUUCCGGUCUCCUUACCUUCUCCACGGGCGGUUUGUCAAGGAGCAAUGACGCAGGCCCGACCCACGCCUCUCUUUUGCCAGAGGAUCAGCGGCACCUUGGCAAUUUCUUGGGAAGGUCGAAGCGUCCCGGCCUUGAGGCAACGGCCUUUGGAAGCGCUCGGCCCGUUGCUCUUUUUUCCCCACGACACCUGGAACCGAAUAUCGUGUUUUUUGUUUUUUUUUUUAAUCCCUCUUUUGGAAACAAAAACGGGGAAGGUGCUGUUCUGGAAAGUGAAAUAAAAACGAGAGUCCACCCCCUUG